AUGUUGUCCACGAAGCAUCUGAUGCUUGCGGCGCUGUUCGCGAGCAGCACGCUCGCCUCUGCCGUAUCCCACAACCAAGAGGUCCUCAAGCCCGAAUCCGUCGCCCGAGUAACCAACAUCAACACAUACCGCGACUGCUGGGAGACAACGCGAGAGGCGUGUCGCGCCGACUACCAAGAUUGCGGCGACGCGCUUUGCUCAAAUGUCUGUCUCGACUACUAUCCCGGGAUUGCAAAUUGCUGCACCAGUGCCGCUCUUAACGGCGAUCAAGUUCGCGACUGCCUCUCACAUUACGUCCCGAAACCCGUCGAGACAGGCGAUUCGAAAAUCUCAACGAAAGUCAGCAUGGCUGGUCGCACCACCUCUCUGAGAGCAAACACGACCAAAUUAUCUAGAGUCAAUUCAAAAAACUCGGCACCGUUGACUUCGACAAACCCAACCAAGCCCAACGGAGAGAGCAGACUCACCGCCAUCGGAAGUGGAAAGCUCGCUUUGGCUGGAAUCAUCAUCAACUCAGCCUUGUGGAUGUACCUGCUAUGA